AUGCCUUCGGUUAUUAGUGUUAUUCCUAAGCUCUACCAUGAAUAUACCACUAAAACCUCCAAGAAACUAAAAAUUGUAGAUGCGUAUUUGUUGUAUGUCUUUCUGACCGGUGUGAUUCAGUUUGUAUAUUGUUGUCUCGUUGGCACUUUUCCAUUUAACUCCUUUUUAUCUGGUUUUAUUUCAUGUGUAAGCUCGUUUGUGCUCGGAGUUUGUUUGCGACUACAAGUCAAUCCUGAAAACAAGAACGAGUUUUCUGGUCUAAGCGCAGAGCGAGGCUUCGCGGACUUCAUAUUUGCUCACUUAGUCUUGCAUAUAGUUGUAAUGAACUUUAUUGGAUAA